UGCAAAGUUCUAAAAUGGAACGUUCUCCGAAAUGUUUAAAAGCUGUUUUUAAAACAUUUGUAACUUUCAGAGACAUUCAAAAAUAACAGUGUUGAACUAAUGGGAACGACAGCGAAACGUUCUUAGGAGGUGUUUUUGUAAACUGAGAGCGUUCAGUAACGUGAGCUCAGAUCUCCUCGCGCUCAGGUGCACAGGUGAGGUGACGUCAUCGGACAGGCUGUGGUGGGGAAGUGAAAGCGCUUCUCGAUGUGGAAGCGUCGCCAUUAACGAGCAGCUCACGCGGAACAUGACACUUCUAAUCAUUCUCCGGGGUGGCCGUGCUCAUAAAGCAGUCGCGGAGUAGAUUCGUGUGAGAUGGACGAUAGUUACUGCAUCCAGCUGAAGGUGUUCGGUGAUGAGAGUCUGCGGUGCUGGAAGAACAUCGGGUCCGGCGGGUUCGGAGAGGUCUACCGGGCGAAGCACACGACUCUGGGGAUGGACGUGGCCAUCAAGUUAUUACAUUAUAAACACGGCAGAUCCUCCAUUCAGAGAGAAGCUCACCUGAUGUUCCAGGGCGGGAAUCCCAACGUGAUCAGGAUCUUGGGUCUGUACGAGGGCCAUGUGGGCAGCGCAGGGCUGGUGAUGGAGUUCAUGCCCAAGGGUUCGGUGGCCGAUCUGCUGCAGACGCUGGCCGGACCGCCGCCGUGGCCUCUGACCUUCCGCAUGGCGCACGAGAUCAGCCUGGGCAUGAACUUCCUCCAUCAUCUGUCUCCUCCGCUCCUGCAUCUGGACCUGAAGCCCAGCAACGUGCUGCUGGACGACAGCCUCCGAGCCAAGCUCACAGAUUUCGGUCUGUCCCGAGUGGCCCGAAGCGUUUCUAGAUGCUCCGGAAAGAAAGACGAGGACGAGGGAGGAACGCUGAGCUACAUGCCUCCAGAAGCGCUGCAGUCCAUCAACUACAAAGCCAACAAAUCCUCCGACGUCUACAGUUACGGCGUCCUGCUGUGGUCCAUGGUCACCGGGAGAGAGCCGUACAGCGACGCUCUGUCCAGUAUGGUGCGCUUCCGGAUCCCUCUGGGGGACAGACCUGACCUGGCGUCCAUAGACCGCCGUGAGACCCAAGGUCUGGAUGAUAUGGUGAAGCUCAUGACUGAAUGCUGGCAUCAGGACCCCGACAGGAGACCGUCGUUCCUCUGUUGUGUUAAUGAGACCCAGAAGAUCUUACAGAUGCACAAACAUGGACUCAACGAUGCCGUCUAUGAUGUUCUGAAGCUGCUGGAGGAUGAUGAUGAUGAUGAUGAUGAUGAUGAAGUCUGUUCCGGUUUGAAAUCAAUCCAGAUCAGCCGUAAACCACUCAAUGAAGCCGUUCCUCAGGGUUCGUCCUGCGUCACUGGACCGCCUCCUCAACAGGAAACUGCCGUCAGUUACACAAAACCCACGAAGAAAGAAUCACGUCCUCGUCCUGCUCCGCCGGCGACGUCUGUCAGAACAACACAGCGGCAGACUUCAACACCAGGCGGCAUCCAGAUCACCAUGUCAAACGUCUGUGGAGUUCAGAUCGGCAACAACAACAUCAUGAAUAUCGUUCAGAAGCAGCGACGGAGACACCAAACAGCUCCUUCCAGAGUCGGCACGUCUUAUUCGCACUCAGAGAACUCCCCGAAAAAACCCCAGUGACCUCUUCACACUCUCUUCUGCAGGAAUCAGCUCUCGUUCAGUGUUAUAAGACAGACUAUACCUGUGACUUACAGUGUAGCUGGACACUC